AUGUCGUCCGGAGAAGACAACAACAACAACGUCAACCUCUUGCAAGGGCUGACAGACACCCUUGGCAAGACUGUCGGAGGCCUCACUGAUACGGUCGGCGGUCUUGUCGGCGGCGUGGGCCAGACGGUCGGCGGAGCUACUCAGGGUCUGGGGAAGACUGUGGGUGGCGUGGGCGAGGGCUUGGGCAAGACAGUCGGAGGAGCCAGUGAGGGUGUGGGAAACACGACCAAGGGUCUUGGACAGUCGACCAGUGACGUUCUGAGCAGCAUCAAUGGCGACCGGUCUGGCGACAACGCGCGGAGAUGGUAAACCUGAGAUGCGAGGUGUUUGGAUGCCGAUAUGAUAUGAUAUGAUCUGAUGAACAGUCCUUACCUUCUGAUGCGCUCGACCUCGACUAUUCUUGAGUUCAUGUCGAUUCCUGUAUUAGUAUGAAGUUUUCAAUUUCAUGAGCCUUGAUUCGAAA